GGCGGUUUAACUGUCCGGAAGCGGAAAUCUCGUUCUUUUUCCGUUGUCUUCGGUUCUCGCCCGUGAGGACGCCAGACCCGAACGCCCGUCGCCAUGCCUCGGAAAAUUGAGGAAAUCAAGGACUUUCUGCUCACAGCCCGGCGGAAGGACGCCAAAUCCGUCAAGAUCAAGAAGAACAAGGAUAACGUGAAGUUCAAGGUCCGCUGCAGCAGGUACCUUUACACCCUGGUCAUCACAGACAAGGAGAAGGCAGAGAAACUGAAGCAGUCUCUACCCCCAGGUUUGGCAGUGAAGGAGCUGAAAUGAACCAGACCUGCAUAUGACUAUUAAAAGCCCUGAAAAGAC